AAAAAAACGUUAUCGAGUACAAUGCAUCGCUCUUACCGGCAAGACCAGCAACAACAACGGCUGGCAAAAUGAAUACAGCAUUUGGGAAUCCAUGUUGGAAUGGGUCAUUUGCUCCGCUCAAUUCGACCAUGAUUUCAGGCUUUAAUUUCCUUUAAAAACUAACGCGUGUGAAUGGACCAAAUAAUAAUAAAAAAAAAAUUAAAUUAAAAAAAACGAACGAUGAAAACUUGAAGACUUUACGCGCACACAAGUUCACGGAACCGAAUGAACUAAAUUCGCUAAAACUGUUGUGCUUGACGGUGCGUUGAAAAAAAAUCUUAACACGUAUGAUGUGCAUACAAAUACACAGACAAACAAAAAGUUAACCGAGAUAGUUUGGUCCGUUUUUCUUUUUUCAAAUUAUCAUUAAAUUGUCGAUUUGGACAAGCAAGACCAAAGUCAAAUCAAAAAUAAUAGAAAGACACACACAUACACGCCGACAUAUAAAUCUCGCACUCCAAAACAAUACAUCAACAAAUGAAGUGGAGUUUUAAUUUAUCUCUCAUUGACACUGUGGAACAUUCAUCGAACAAAUCAACAUCAUCAUCAUCAUCAUCAUCAUCGUUGUUAUUGUUGUUGUUGUCAUCAUUUGGAAAGCCGAGAAUUCGUUUCGUACACGUUUGCAUCUACGACUACCGCAAGCAGCGUACACACUAUUUGUCCCUUUCGCUCGCGUUGCUACGAUUAUCUGCCGAUGAUAUGAUUUUCUUCUGUUCGACACACUUUUCGGCGUCGAGUUGUCAGCGGCUCAAGAGAAUUACCAACCAAAUGUGUAUGUGAUAAGCGGACCAAAUGAGAGACCGAAGAAGCCAUAUACAGGACAGAGUACAACACCACUAGCAACAGUCAUAUGUUUUGUGUGGUUUGCAUUGAAAACGUCUUAUUAUUGUGAUGGCGCUACUCAUACUUGCACACAUUUCAGCAAUUCAGUUCAAGUUCACCUAACCUUUAUGUUUGCUGUGUGUUCUUGUUCAAAAUACGCGGGAAAAAGAGUUGUUUACUUUCUUUCGUUGUGACUCAUUUAGAUCAGUGAGUGAGUGAGUGUGUUUGUUUGUUGAAGUGAGAGAUCAAAAUGAGUAAAACAGAAAUGGAAUUGACCGUGGAAUUUCUAAAACACCGCUUAAAAUCCGAUCACACAACAUUUAUUGGCAAUGAUUCGGAAUAUCGUCACAUAAAUGAUUUAAUUGCUCGCACAUCGGAUUGCGGAGAAUCAAAUUCGGCACUCAUCAUUGGCACAGCUGGCAGCGGUAAAUCAACUAUGAUCUUGUCGAUAUUGUCGAAAUUACUGCCCAAAGACAAAUUUCGUGAAAAUACAAUGAUUGUCAAUUUGAAUGGUUUCAUUCAUACCGAUGAUGCGGCUGCACUUAAAUCCAUUACCAAACAAAUGAAACUGGAAACAGCCGUAAAUGGCAAAGUGUUCACCACGUUUGCUGAUAAUUUGGCAUUUCUUUUGGACUGUUUAAAAUCAGGCGAUCGCAGCAGAUCAAAAAGUGUCAUUUUCAUAUUGGAAGAGUUCGAUUUGUUUUGUGCGCAUGGAAAUCAAACGUUAAUCUACAAUUUGUUUGAUGUGGCGCAAUCAGCACAGGCACCAAUCUGUGUCAUCGGGUUGACUCGACGUAACGACGUCAUUGAAUUGCUAGAGAAACGAGUGAAAUCACGAUUUUCCCAUCGACAAAUAUUUCUAUUCAACGAAGUCUGUGAUGUUGAUGCCAAAAUUGAUGUUUUCUUGGAUUUGCUCAAGUUGCCUGAUUUUAAGAUUUACGACAAUGCUGAAUACAAAACCAUUAAAAAGUUUUCAAAACUGUCAGAUAUUCCACUGUUGAGAAAUGAUUUUGAUGGGAAUGAUUACUUCGGAUUGGUUAAGAAAGACUUCAUCACGAGAUGGAACAAGGAAAUCAAUGGACUGCGAACAAAAAAAGAAGUGGUCGCUGAUUUAGAGGCGUUGUUCGAUCACAAUGGAACGUUAGCCGUACAAAAAACCUUACUGUUUCGUAUAAUUUCCGCUAUUGAUGGUUUAAACGAAUCGAAAUGUGUGAUCAGCACAUCAAAAAUGGCUGCAAUAAUUCACCGUAUCAUCGCCGAUGACUAUUUGAACAACAAUAGCAAAGUGAAUAUAAUACGAGAUUUAUCCAUUUUAGAACUGUCACUGAUGAUUGCAAUCAAACAUCACAAUGACAUUUACGACGGUGAUCCAUUCAAUUUUGAAAUCAUCUUGACCCGCUUGCAUAAAUUCCAAAAUUCAGGUGACUUUUCCACUGGGCCAACCGACCGAGCGGUUGUUCUCAAAGCCUUCGACGUUCUAAAGCAUCUCGGCUUGAUAGUGCCAUGCGGGAAUAGUUCGAAAGAGUUAAAGGAAUUCCAAAUGCAUCGACAGCAAAUACAAAAUGUUCAAAUUGACAAAGCUGUUGCACAAUACAAAAACCUGCCAACGCGUAUCAUGCAAUGGGCAAGUAGUUCUCAGGCAUAAUUCCAAUGAUUGCAUUCUAAGUGAGAGAUUUUCCGAGUGUCAUGUUAUUAUUUAUUAUCUAUGCUUACAUUUUCUUCAUCUUUAUGUAAAACCAAUUAAACGAAUAAAUGAAGAAAAAAAAGAAAAUAA